AUGGGUUCGGUAUGUUAGAAAGGUGAUACUAUAGUUAAUUGGCCAUGUAAAAGCAAUCCUAGGGGUUCCAAUCCUAGGACAACAUUCACAGUAAUUCCUGAAGAGGAAUCUGCAAUAUACUCUUAAUAUGAUCGGUCAGUUUUUACUGCUAGCCAAUUUUAUCAGAAUCCAGAUAGUUAAGUAUUAGAGUAUUAUUAAAAUAGAGACAAACAGUCAAUUUGGGAAAUGCAAUUGAUAGGGAUAACAAAAUUUAAAUUUUGAAUGUAUACAUAUCCAAACUACUCUCUUCUCAUUCGAUAAAGUAUAAAGAUGAUUUAUUGUGAGACUUACUAAUACUAGAAACCAUGCAUAUGAAGUAUCUUUAACCAAUAUUAAUCCUGAAUUGUGUUGCUAUUGUGAAUGGCAUUUAGAAGCAGACAAGUUGCCAAUUCGUUCAGGAGAUAAAAUUGAUGUAAAAUGACUUAUAAUGACUCAGUUGAUACAUAUUCUGACAGGAAGAUAUCUUAUGGCAACAGAGUUAGAUGAAGAAGGCAUUGUAUACUGUGGUUAUGGUUCUAGUAGAUGCUGGACUAUUGAAUUUGAUGAUAACAUUUUAAAAGAUGGAGCAAUAUUUGAAUUGAAACAUAAUGAUAUUACUAAAUACUUAUCUUUCAUAAAUAAAAAAGCAACACUAUCAUAAAAUAGAUAGGUUUGUUUAAAUGACAACGAAGGGAAGAAUAAUUAUUGGAAAUUAGUUUUGAUUUAAUGA